AUGAUUGCCUACUCGGACGUCCGAGAUCCGACGGGAAAUGGGGAGGGAGAACGGUGGGAGAGAAGGAGGAAGGAGAAAAACGGGACUGUUUACAUGUUGCCAGCAAAGCGGCGUGGAUACGGCAAAAUUACCCCCGAUUACCUGCAGAUUACGCCCGGCUCGCGCCUCUUCCGCCCUGCCAGGGUGCCACUGUCAGGUGUGGUGACAGCCGCGUCCGUGGUUCUGCCUCCCCGUCGCGCUGCUGAAUGCUCCGACGUCCGGCCCCUGCGGCUUCUCCCUGCAGCGGCGAUCGCUGCGCCAAGCUUGCCGUUCCCUGCGUAUACAUAUUACGAGCUAUAUCGUGAUGUCGAACAGGGUGCUUUAUUCUGA